AUGUUCACCGAUGAAAGUCUCGAAAUCGCUCUAAACCUUGUUGAAAAUGACCUCAAAGACCUGGAGGACCGACUGAAAGAAAAGCAAGCAGCUGAAGAGCAAGCUGACCUCAAAGCAUCGAUCAUUAGCACAAGGAAUAACAUGCACACGCUAAAAGCCCUCAUUCGAGACCGUGCUCAGAGCCAAGGUACGAGCACGGCAAUUGGUUUGGACCAGAACAUUCCACAGUCCAUCCAGGAAGAGGAGACGAUGGCUCAACGAGAUCAUGAACAUGCGCCCAAGGAUGACAACCACAGUUCUUCACUCCCCAACCCCUCCCAAGACGAUCUUGGUGAUUCCACCUCCGCGAUCGUGAACGAUCCGAUGGCCCGAAUGACGCUCACCGACAAGCCGAAUAACGAUAAUGGCGAGGUCUCGUCGAAGGUCAAGUCCAGGGCCUUCUGCGCCGCAUGCAUGGACACAUUCGGCGAGCACGACACCUUCAAAAACCCUUGUGGUCAUAGCUUCUGUCACACCUGCACACGCAAGCUAUUCAUGGACGCGAUGAGAGACGAACAGCUCUACCCCCCUCGCUGCUGCGGCCACACGAUCCCUCUCGACGAACCACACCUCAUACUCACGGAUCGAGUGUAUUGCGCCGCACCGACCUGCUCGAAAUUCAUUCCGCCGUGUGAUUUCAUAGCUGACCACGGCUUUUGUACGCGGUGCCUUGAACGGACCCAUCUGGCCUGCCGCUCGCUGGAGCAUCCGCGGGCUAAUUGCCCCUAUGAUCUGCCUCUGCAAGCUGUUAUUGCCAUGGCUCAGGAGAAACAAUGGCAAAGAUGUUUCCGCUGCCGUACCAUGGUCGAGCUUAGCCAUGGCUCUCUUCAUAUGGUGUGUCGAUGCGGUCACCAGUUCUGCUACGUCUGCGGUCAAGAGUGGAAAACUUGCCAUUGUCCACGAUGGACCGAAUAUGAGCUACAUCAUGUUGCGAAUGAGGCGGGCACCAGCAAGCCUUGA